CAGUUUGUAUGUCGCUGGACAACCCCCAUGCAAAGAAGUCCAUUCGGUACAAUGUCAGAAGGAAAAGCUACACCUGAUGAACUAGAGGAGCACCGUUCUUCUCACUCCAGUGAAGUUCCUGUAGAAAUUGAAAUCAAAAAUGAAGCUUCAGUGAAUGAAAAUGAAAAUAAAUCUGGUGGUCUGUAUAGCGACUAUGAGAAAGAAGUUUAUUCUCAGAUUUUCGAUGAUCUUUACGAGAAUUUGCCUGAAACGGAAACUGGUGGGGAAAUAAUCGAGUUUAUCCCCAGCAAAUCUGAAUCACUGAUGGACUUGGUUUAUAGCUUUAAGGUCCGAAUCUCCUGCAGGGAAGUUAGAAAAUCUCCUAAAGCUGUCGAGACUAGUCCGUUUAAGCUUUUGAACAGCUUCAUGAAAAAUGCUCGCAGAAGAGGAUUUGGUGCAGUUGACAAUAUUUUGUUCCCAAAUGUUGAAAGUAAAUUAAGAAAUAUUGUGACGAUUAUAUGGGUCAUUUGUGAGUUGGUUUUUCUUUCUGUUGGAACGGUUUUGUCUAUUGUUGCUAUCAGUACACCAGAGAGUGUUUCAAUAUACACUUGGGUGCACUUUGGAUUUGCUUGCAUUGGGUUUAUACUUUCUGGCAUUGAUGCAAUCAUAUUCUUUCGUUCUUGCAGUAAUUGCAAAGCUCACUCUAGUGAUAAUAGCAUCCAUGAAGGUGAUACCCAAAAUCUCUAUAAUACCGAAACAGAAACAAGUGGUACUGAAGGUGGAAACCUUUCUUGUAGUAAACGCAAGUGUAGGAAAUGUCAUGCUCUCAAAAGAAGUGCUGAGAUCUGUCGAAUGAUUUUAACAGAGGUUAUUGUUACACCAUUAUUAAUUUGUGAUUUGUUUGAAAUCUUUGAUAGUCAAGGCUACAAGACUGAUGCUGGCCACCUAGAUCGAGUUGGAUUUGCACUAUUCAUAAUUGACACUAUAGCCACAGCUUUCUUUAUGUACAUUGCACGAGUACUGCUUUUGGCUGUAGCUGUAUACAGCAUGCAUAAGACCCAAACAUCUAGAUCAAAUGAUGAUUCUGAAAGUAAAAGCAAGUUAAGCAAACGAGCUUUAUACUUUGUUAUCUUUAUCUCAGUACAUAUUACUCUUCACCUUAUUGGCCAUUUUAUAAUGUUAGUUGCAGUUGGGGCACAGAUAGGGCUGGACAAUCUUAGUAUCAUGCCACGUCUUCCUACUAUCGAAACAGGACCAAAUAACUACGUCGCCUCCUCAUCGGCUGUUUACAUGUGUUUUGCAGUUUGUGUCUUGCCAAUUGCUGGAGUGUUGAGCUUCUUUAUUUAUGCAAACUUUUGGUUUCAGGAAUGUCCAAUGUCUGUCGCAGCCGAUUUGCUCAAUAUUAUCCAAACACCUGGUGGUAAGGAGAUAAUCGAAUUCUCACAAGCUUGCAAAAAUACCCAAGAAGGUUUUGAGAAAAUAGUAAACAAGCUCGAAAGAAAAAAUGCUUUGCUACACAGACAAUAUGAAAACUUUGUCAACACAGGUAUGAAUACAAAACUUUUCUUGCCUUUUCGAAAUCCUGUUUUCAUUGUUUUCUCCCUAAUAUACACUGCUCUACAGAUAUCAUUUUUCGUAAGUGCUGGAAUUGGCUACUUAAAUGUGACUAACAUAGACGUCAUCCCUGGGGCCGAGUGGUAUUUGAUUCACAUUAUUAUUGGAGGAAUUUUUGUUGUGAUUGUCAACAGCUAUGUGUUUAUACUUGCUUUAGUAUGGUUUACAGUGAUAACGCUCUUCAUCGCCAUACAGCUGCUUGAAAUUUUGCUAUUCUUGUUUUGGCUUUGUAACACAUGUGACAAAUUCAUGGAUGACCCAGCUAAUGCGAUAGAUAGCCUGCAAAGAGAGAAUUUGGAAGAAAGAGUGAAUUGUAUCUCCUGUGUUGCCUUACAGAGGUGUUAAUUAAUUAAGUAAUGGUGAUCAAACUUUUAGUUACAGUAGAUCUAUCACAAUUAGAAUACACAAUAUAGAGACAAUAACAAUUUAGACUUAGUAUAAUUAUGUUAUUAGAGUGGAUCUUUAUGCACCUGCAUACUUUGUUAAUAGCGAGUUCGUGAGUAGAUUUGAGUUUUUGCUGUAAGAUUUUUCGUAUGU